CACAAAAGAGGUAUUCGUUACACGACAAUCCAAAACCAGCGUUUAUUAGUCUACGUAACAAAGUUUUACUUCACUUUUUCUCACUUCUUCUCAUUAACAAUGAAAGAUCGCUCCGAUUAUAAAGCCACCUUCAAAUCACCAAAAGAUAAAUAUUUAAAAUUCUUCUGUGAGAAGCCAGCUUCUAAGUGGUCUUUAAAAAAUUUUCGUAAGCAUUUUAAAGGUUUUAGUAAGGAUCCUGCAGCAGUGUAUGAGUCAACUCUGCAAAAGGUAAGAAAUCAUUCAAAGGGCAUCCCUGAGCCUAUUUUAUUGAAGAUUGACGCGCAACUACACAUGCUCAAAAACCCAACCUCUGAGCCAACUCCGAUAUAUUUAUUCAUAUACAAAAUGGCCUUUUUUCAAACUUUUCUAACUGUAUACUUUAGACAACUAUAAAUAUCGGCAACUACUACGUGCAUCAGGGAAAAGGUGAUUUAAUAGUAAACAACAGUCCAGAAGAGCCACAUAAGAAGAAGCAGAAAGUAAGAAUAAUACUAUAUGUUUAUUUUUCAACAAGAAGAAAAUAGCUUUCUCGAUCUCCUAACGUAUCAUCUACUUUAGGUUUAUCAUGACGAGCAGGAAGAA